AUGAGGUCGGGGUUCAUGGGCCUGGUGCUGGUGAGACCCCACUGCUCCCGCCAAGCUGGAUUCCUGCUCAUCACUAUCAGAGGUCAAGCUGUCAUUUCUGUAAACUUUCACUUGAUGGAAGAAGUCACUGUGGAUUGGGCUGAGGUCAACUAUAGCAAACACCUCAACUUCACAGAUGAAGCUGAAGGCUUUUCAGAUGCCCCAGCUCACACUUUUGAACCUUCUGUGACUACAGGGGAAACCUGGUCCUGGGAGCAGUACUUAAAAGACUGGAGUGCUGUGGCCGCACCGGUUGAGCUGUUUUCCAAGGAUCAAUCCUUUCCAGAGCAUGAAAAUGGCUUUCAGGUUGGAAUGCGAUUGGAAGGCAUUGAUCCCCGACGUCCAUCUGUAUUCUGUGCGCUUUCUGUAGCUGAGGUGUGUGGUUACCGGCUGAGACUGCAUUUUGAUGGUUAUUUAAGCUGCUAUGAUUUUUGGACCAAUGCUGGUUCCCCUGACAUUCACCCAGUGGGGUGGUGCGAAAAGACCAAGCAUGAAUUACAUAUCCCUAAGGGUUAUAGAAAAGAUAAAAUUGUUUGGAUGGAUUACUUGAAGGCCUGUAGAUUGCAAAAUGCUCCUAAGAAAUUAUUCAGAAACAGAAGUCCUAAUGGGCCAGUGCCAAAGGAGCUUCAGGUCGGGAUGAAGCUGGAGGCUGUGGACAGAAGGAACCCUCGCUUGGUAUGUGUGGCGACCAUCGCAGACAUCGUGGAAGACCGUGUACGAGUGCAUUUCGAUGACUGGGAUGAUGGCCUUGAUUACUGGUGUGAUGUUAACAGUCCUUAUGUCCAGCCAGUUGGUUGGUGUCAGGAGAAUGGAAGAACUCUGGUAGCACCCCAAGGUUAUCCUGAUCCAGAAAAGUUUUCCUGGACAGACUAUCUGGAAGCUACUCAGACAAACGCGGUGCCUGCUGGAGUUUUUAACACGAGGGCUCCACAUGGCUUUUUGCCAAACAUGAAGCUGGAAGCUGUGGACAAAAGAAACCCCCAGUUAAUUCGUGUCGCCACCAUUAUAGAUGUUGAUGAGUACAGAGUAAAGAUUCAUUUUGAUGGCUGGGACCAUAAGUACGACUACUGGAUGGACGCUGACAGCCCUGACAUUCACCCCAUUGGGUGGUGUGACGUCACAGGGCACCCACUGGAAGUACCAUAUGGGGCACAUGACGUGAAAAUCCUUCCAGGUCAAGCUGUAUGUCCGACUCCUGGGUGCCGAGGAAUAGGCCAUAUCCGUGGCCCACGUUAUGCAGGACACCACAGUGCUUUCGGAUGCCCGUACUCAGACAUGAACUUGAAGAGGGAGGCGACACUUCAAGACCGCCUGAGAGACCAAACAGGGACAAAUCUGGAAUCAGAGUCUUCACAUUCCAAAUCAGAAAACCUCCGUGAUUUGAAUUUCAAUGGAAAAUGUGAAAAGAUGAAUAGUCAGUCCAGACUUGUACAGCAGGCAAAGUGUUUGAAAAUCAAAGGAAAAGAAGAUAUUGACUUGGAUAAUCUCUUCAGAGGUAAAAAAAAAUAAAUAAAC